CUUGACGACAGGCUGAAGAAGGCGAUCGCGCACAUGGGUUGGCAACAACCUACUCUCAUCCAAACUCAAGCUAUUCCUCUCGCCCUUCAGGGCAAGGACAUCCUGGCCAAGGCAAAGACGGGCUCGGGCAAGACAGGAGCGUAUGCGCUUCCGAUCCUUCAGAAGAUUCUCCAGUCAGAGGGCUACAACAAGAACACCAGGAUUGAGAGGUCAGGACCUGUCGCAGUCGUGCUUGUCCCAACGAGGGAGCUUGUCGAGCAGGUCAGACAAGUGUUCUCCGAGCUCUGUUUCUUCGUUCCGUCAGUCACUCUGGCUGCCAUCACGGCGGAUCAGAGUCUUGCGGCCCAGAAGUCGAUCCUUCUCACGAAGCCCCACGUCCUCAUCGCGACGCCCUCGCGCCUCGACCAGCACGUAAAGCUUGACAAUGUUCUGCUCAGGGAGAGCACAGAGAUGAUUGUCCUCGACGAGGCUGAUCUGCUGUUGUCCUUUGGGUUCGAGGACGAGAUCAAGAGCAUUGCGGGCAGCCUCCCCAACAUCUGCCAGUGCAUGCUCAUGUCGGCGACGCUGUCGGAGGACACGGAGAAGCUGCAGGCGCUGGUGAUGAACAAUCCCGUGACUCUGAAGGCGGAGGACAACGAGAGCGCGCAGGGCCGCCUUGCUCAAUUCUCGCUGCGCUGCUCGCAGAGGGACAAGUUCCUGAUCUCUUACGUGCUGCUGAAGCUGGGGAUCCUGCAGGGGAAGGUGCUCUUCUUCGUCAACGACGUGGAUCGCUGCUACGAGCUGAAGCUCUUCCUCGAGCAGUUCUCGAUCCGCGCGGCGGUGCUGAACUCUGAGCUGCCGCAGAACAGUAGGAUGAGCAUCAUACAGGGGUUCAAUCGUGGGUUCUACAACUACGAGGAGGAGGAGGAGGAAGCUAGCGAGGAUGAUGAAAGCGAAGAGGAAGAAGUCGAAGAAAAGACGGGAAAACGCGACCUUGAUGAUUACGGGGUGAUGAGAGGGGUUGACUUCAAGCUCGUUGACGCGGUCGUCAACUUCGAGCUCCCUCGUACCCUCCGCGCCUACACCCACAGGGUCGGGAGGACUGCGCGAGCUGGGCAGAACGGGACAGCGCUGUCGCUGGUGUCCCCGGAGGAGGUGGGAAGGCUUGAGGGACUGGCGGGGAAGCAAGCGGAGAGAGGAAUGCAAGUGAUCGAGCCGCUUCCUUUCAACCUCCAGCAGGUGGAGGGCUUCCGUUAUCGAGCAGAGGACAGUCUGAGGCGGGUAACCAAGUUGGCGAUCAAGCGCGCGAGGCUGAGGGAGAUCGAGUCUGAGUUGCUCAACUCCAAGACCCUCAAGGAGCAUUUCCAGCACAACCCACAGGACCUGCGAGCUCUGAGGCACGAUCGCACUCUUGCUCCCAACCGUCAGAUGGCGCAUCUGGCUAAAGUCCCCGACUAUCUUCUCCCGCCCUCGCUCCGCACGCAAGUGAUGCAGAGCAAGAGGGAGGCGAAGAGGAGGGCGCGGGACUCGUUGCCAGUCAACUCGAAGAAGAGGAAGAAGGAGGGCGCGGACCCGCUCAAGACUUUUCAGCCGCCG